CGAUCUUUGCCGAGUGUAGCCGACAACAUCCGGAAGUGGAAUGUGUAGCAGUCUACACGCGUACGAGCUUUUUAGUGGUUAGUUACAAUUCUGGGCACCGGUUUAAUUUGUUUCAUCCGCCAUCAUGUCUGUUGUGUGUUAUAAUACGGGAUGUGGUCAGAGAUUUGAUACAGAAAAUAACCCGGACGAUGGCUGCACCUAUCAUCCAGGAAUCCCAGUGUUCCACGACGCGUUGAAGGGAUGGUCCUGCUGCAAGAGAAGAACUACUGACUUCUCAGACUUCCUCAGCAUUGUUGGCUGUACAAAAGGUUCCCACAACAAGGUGAAGCCCCCUGAGCCGGUGAAACCAGAUGUGAUAUCGGGAGAAGAGGCAGAUGACCAAAAACCAAAGUUUAACGAGUACAUCAUCUCCGCACCAAUGCCUCAGGAGGCCAUACGCAGACCAAGUGCCGAUGAGCCGAUGGUGAGAGUGCAGCAUAAAGUCUCUACUUCUCUGAAGCAGGCUCUGGAGAGGCUGAAGCUCACUGAAAAUGUGGCAGAGGAGAAAGAGGAAGAUCAUGACGAGAUCAAGAUUGGAACUCCCUGUAAAAAUGGAGGAUGUACUAAAAGUUUCGAUGGACCUGCGAGCGAUUCGGAUGAGUGCUCAUACCACUCUGGAUUUCCCAUCUUCCAUGAAGGGAUGAAAUACUGGAGCUGCUGUAAGAGGAAAACCUCUGACUUUAACACCUUCCUCUCUCAAGAGGGCUGUACCAAGGGAACGCAUCUAUGGAGGAAAAAAGAUGAGGGUAACAAAGUGGUUCCAUGUCGAUUUGACUGGCACCAGACGGGGGCGCAGGUCAUCAUCUCCAUCUACGCCAAGAGUGCCGUCCCAGAGCUGUGCUACGUGGAUGCUAACAGCACCACGCUCAACAUCCAUGUUAUAUUCGAGGGAGAGAAGGAAUUUAUGCAGAAAAUCAGCUUGUGGGGAGUGAUAGACGUGAGUAAAAGCAUAGUGAACAUGAUGGCCGCCAAGAUCGAGAUAGCCAUGAAGAAGUCCGAGCCCAUGAAAUGGGCUCGUCUGGACCUUCCGCCCCCAGCCCCACCCAAGGAGAAGGAGAAGGAAAAAGAGGAGACGGAUAGCGAGGAUGAAGAUGAAUGAUGAGGAAUCAAACAAUGUUUCAGUCAAGUACUCAAUGACAACGGGGGGGAAACACUGACUUUUAGCAAAUCAACUAACUAUCAACUCAGACAUUUCAACACACUUGUUAAUUGCACUGAAAUCCCACUGCACUGGAAAACAACACCACACAAUAAGAUAGGAGUCAGGUGCUAAAUCUCAGACCCAUACAGCCUUUCAUGGGGACUGCUCACAUCAAGUCAUCCCAAUGGACCACGCGUGACCAUCCUCUAUUCCCCAUAUUGUUUGGUAAUAGCUUCAUUCCAUCCUUUAGUUUUUAUAUUUUUUUUAAAUGUUUGCAUUGUUUUGUUCACCAUUAUCACAUGAGACUGAAACUGUCUUCAUAGAUGUAUCCCCAUGCGUGACAAUGAAUCUGCUCCAUGUAGUCUGAGCAGGCAGUUUUGAUCUCUAAGGUGUCCACACUUGUAUAAUAUGGAGUUUAUUCUCAAUAAAUUGUGUUAUAAG